AUGACUGAACGUGUUGGUGUCGAGGUGACGGUGCUCCUCCUUCUCGUGCGUCGGUGGUGGUGUAGCUGUCUCGACACUCGAAUGAGUACAAAGUUCUCCACUGGUGAUGAUUCCGGUCUCCUUAUAUGUGGUUGUCGCCUAGACCGGGGCCUAGGCUGUGGUGGACGCUGCCGCCGUUGUCUACUGGUGGCACGUCGUCCGUACCCGGACACAUUUUCCCUUUGGUCCAUGAACACGCAUCAUCCGUUGUUGCACGAGAACGUCGUCGGUUUACCACACCCGUAUUAA